AUGUUCAUUUCAUUCUUCAUUGAUUCCAUUUUAAGUUUAAAUAAAUUAUCAUUUGAUAUCACUAUACCAGAAGAACAACCAAAAGAUACUAUAAUCUACGAUUUAUCACAUGAAUUUCGUCAACGUAAUAAAACACUUGUUGAUUUCAAAUUUUUACGUCCAUGUCCCUAUUUUUAUUUUAAAACAACUACUGGUCAACUCCUACUCAGUGAGAAACAUGAUCGUGAAUAUUUAUGUAGUAUUCAACGUAUAUGUACAUGUUCAAGAUGUCAAAUUAAAUGUGAUCUAUUAGCAAGAACGAUAAAAGAUACAACAAUAAUUGAAUUAAAUGUCGAAUUACAAGAUCUUAAUGAUCAUAUACCUCAUUUUUCAAAAAAUUAUUAUCUAAUACAAAUAUUAGAAAAUGUGCCUAUUGGUUAUAAAAUACAAUUAGAACAAGCACAAGAUUUAGAUACAGGAUUUCAUUCGAUUGUCAAUUAUACACUAAAAACAUUGAAUGAACAAGAAUUUGAACAAAGUAUUAAAAGUUUGAAUUCUUCUACUUUUCGAGAAAAACGAUCUUCCUCAUCAUUUCCAUUCGAAUUAUAUUUCGAUCGUAUUCAUCAUCUGUUAACAUUGGUCGUUCUUGAAGAAUUAGAUUAUGAAAGUGAUAUAAAAUCUUAUUUUGGUAUUCUACGAGCUGAAGAUGGUGAUCAUCAAUAUGAUGAAGCGCUAAUAAAAAUACAAGUAUUAGAUGUUAUUGAUACACCACCACGAUUUACGCAAAUAGCUUAUCGUUUUCGAUUAUUAGAAAAUUCAAAUUUAUCAACCCUUGUCGGCUAUGUAAAUGCAACCGAUCUCGAUAUAAAUGAUAAAAUUGUUUAUUCGAUAAGUCCAACGGAUGACGAAGAUACACGAGGAACGUUUACAGUAAACAAGCUGACAGGGGAAAUUGGUUUAAAAUCAUCUGUUGAUUAUGAACGUCGAUCGUAUUAUCGUCUAACUAUCGAAGCACAUGAUCUAAGUUCGUUAUCAUCAUAUGCCUACGUCGAUAUUGAUAUAAUAAAUGUUGACGAUAACUCUCCAAUUAUACAAAUAUCGAUACCAAAAUUAUUACGUACAAGUAGUUCAACAGAAUUACGAGUUACAGAAAACUCUCCUAUUCCAUUGACUCUUCUACAACUUUAUUGUUAUGAUCCAGAUGGUAUCUCUACGUUCUUAACUCUUAAGAUGGCAAGUUCAAUUGAGACUGAUGAUUAUUUUAAAUUGAGAAAAAUCGAUGAUCAAUCGUAUGAUUUGGUAUUAGAAAGCCCAUUUGAUCGAGAAGAAAUAGGUAAUAAAGUUCAAUUAGAAUUUUGUGUAAAUAAUGAUAUAAGAACAAUUACAAAUGUGACGAUCAUAAUAUUAGAUGAAAAUGAUUGUGAACCACGCUUUGAACAGAAUAAUUAUGAAAUUAAAUUAACAGAAAAUAAUUUAUAUCCAAAAUUUGUUUUGAGAUUUACAGCAAAUGAUCCGGAUGAGGGAGACAAUGGGCAGAUUAAAUAUGACAUGACAUUAAUAGAAAUUAAUCAUAAAAAUUCUGUUGAUAGUGAAUCUCAUUUUUCAUUGAAUGACUCAACUGGUGAAUUAAGUGUUUUAACAAAACUUGAUCGGGAAUAUAUUUCUAUAUAUUCAUAUAAAUUAUGUGCCAAAGAUCAAGGUCAACUUAUCUCUCUUCGUUCGUGCACAACAUUGAUUAUUCUUGUUUUGGAUUUAAAUGACAAUAUUCCAUUGUUUCCAUCAUCAAUAUUAAACAUUGAAAUCUAUGAAAAUCUUGAACAAAACGACUAUAUUACUCAAAUUCAAGCUAAAGAUGCCGAUCAAGAUGAAAAUGGAACAAUUACAUAUAAAUUUCAAAAUAAAACUAUUUUAAUAGACAUAAAUUCAUUUGACGGACGAAUAACAGCAACAACGACUGUAAUUGAUCGUGAACAGAUGGAAUUUCUAACCGUUGUUAUUGUUGCUUGUGAUAAUGGAAAAUCAUUGCGUUUAUGUUCGACAUGUACUCUUAAUGUUCAUAUACUCGAUCGUAAUGACAAUAAACCUCUUCUACUCUAUCCUUCGCCAUUUGGUAUUGUUUUUAUCGAUCUUAGUCAACAAUUGAAACCUUUUCAAUUACGCAGUCAAGAUCUCGACAGUGAUACCCCCAAUAAUGUUAUUGAUUAUUCAAUCACUGGUGGAUCACUAUCGUCAAAACUCUUAUUAAAUAAAACAUCUGGACAGUUAUUUUUAAGAAAUAAAACAUCAUCGAUAUUAUUUGGUACUCUUGAUAUUUGUCUGAGUGAUCAAGGUCAACCAUUAUCAUUAGUGACCUUCUAUACACUAACAUUUUUAAUACAUGAUAAUUCGACAAAUGCCACUGUUUAUUUAAAGUCACUUAAAAUAUCAUCAUCAACAUUCACAACUGUUUCUUAUUCAUCGUUAUUCUAUUUUUCUAUAUUUUGUACAUGUUUAGUACUCAUCAUCGUUCUACCUCUUUUAUUCCUUCUUCUUAAAGAUCGUCGUCGAAAGCAAAUGAAAAAUAAAUCAUCUGUAAAUACACACGAUAACUACAGUAAUCCACUAAUGAAACAACAACAAUCAUCGUUUUAUACCAAUUCUGAUACAAUAAAUACAUUAACAACCAAUACACCAGCAUCAUCGGUAACGUUAUCAACUAGGUCGAGUUUACCACCUGAAACAAAAACUGUACAAAUGAGAGUUCAAUAUAAUGAUAAAAAACAUCCAUCAUCAGCUAUUUAUGAUACAUAUUAUUCAUUUCAAGGAACAGACAUGUAA